AUGGCUACUUCCGGCCCCGCCAUCCUCGACAUCCCGCCUGCCAAACUCCUCAGCAGCAAGUCUCACGUCGUGCCCGGCCAACUCGUCGUCACUGAGCUCUUCUUCCAAGUCCCCAUCGACUACGUCGCCGGCGGCAGCACCAUUACGCUCUUUGCCCGCCGCGUCACCAAGCAUGAGGUGCCCAUCUUCCCGGCGGACGACGAGCCGCCGGCCCCGAAGCCGUAUCUCGUCUUCCUCGAGGGCGGGCCCGGCUUCGGCAACCGCGAGCCCCAGGACCAUCCCCUGACGCGCCCGGCGCUCGCCCGCGGCUACCAGCUGUUGCUCCUCGACCACCGCGGCGUCGGCCUCAGUACGCCUGUUAGCACCGACAUGCUCACCCUCGUCCCCGGUGGCCCGGAUGCCCAGGCCAAGUAUCUCGGACUCAUGCGCCAGGACAACACCGUGCGUGACUGCGAGGCCGUCCGCAAGUGCCUGACGGAGAACUGGCCCGACCGCAAGAAGCCGUGGUCCAUCUUCGGCCAGUCCUACGGCGGCUUCAUCAGUCUGUCGUAUUUGUCCAUGCACCCAGAGGGCCUGCGAGAAGUCUUCCUAACAGGAGGACUCGCCCCGGUGGGGAAAACACCCGACCAGGUCUACCAAGCUACCUUCGGCCGUACCAUGGAGCGCAAUGAGGCCUACUACGCCAAGUUCCCCGAGGACGUCGACACCGUCCGCGACAUCGCCAUCCACAUCGAGAGCAAGGGCGGCAGCAUCCCCUUGCCUUCUGGCGGCAUCUUGACCGUGCCGCGUCUACUGACCAUGGGGAUUGCGUUCGGUGGCCACGGUGGAUUUGACAACGUUCACUCGACGCUCCUCCACCUCAAGGCAUCUCUAGAGCAAUUCGGCUUCCUCACCCGGGCUUCCCUGGUGCCACUCGAGGGCUGGACCCCCUUCGACACCAACAUCAUCUACGCUAUCAUCCAUGAGGCCAUCUACUGCGAUGGACCCGGUGCUCCUUCCAGCUGGUCAGCGUACCGCGUCGGAAAGGCCCUCGAGUCCUUCCCCUGGCUCAACUCGGAUUUCUCGGUUGCCUCUACCGCCGGGCCGCUUAAUUUCUCUGGCGAGAUGAUCUUCCCGCUUCACUUUGAAACCUACCCGGAGCUAAAGCCCCUGACCGAAGUUGCCCAGAAGCUAGCUGAUCGUGAUGACUGGCCCGCAUUAUACGACCAGGAGAGGCUGCGCAACAACACCGUGCCCGUCUACGCCGCCUCAUAUGUCGACGACAUGUACGUCGACUAUGAAUUUGCAAAGGACACGGCAAGACUUGUCAAAGGCACGAAGGUGUUUGAGACAAAUGCCAUGUACCACUCAGCAUUGAGAGCCAAGUCUGAAGAGGUCCUGCAAAACCUCUUCAGCCUACGCGACGAUGUCAUGGAUUAA